AGUCUAAUACGACAGCGUUUCAGAUGAGCUUUUCUGUGCUAAGUCUGAUGUCGCUGAGCUCGUUUGAUCAUCGUGCAGAAGCUUGGUGCUUGACUCCUAGCUCUUAGCUCUCCGGAGAAGAAGAAGAUGGUGAGGAAACAGUUUCAACAGGCUAAAACGGGAGUAGAGGCUUUGAAGUCAAUGGAUGCAAACAAGUAUCUGAAGAAGGUUGGAUUAGGGCGUGACGAUAUGUUCUUUUGGAAACAAGUGGGGAAAGCAUUGCUAUGCACCUACACGAUCUUCGGCAUGGCGUGGUUAUACAACGAGACUUCUCCUUUAGGGUGGUGGACGCUGAAGCCGAGACCAAAGGAGGAGAGGGAGUUGGCGCAUUUGUAUGAGCGGCGUGAGUUUCCUUAUCCAGGUGAUACGGAGGCCAUGGAGGAUUUCGUUGCAAAGGGAGGAAUGAUCGGGACGGCAAUUGGGCCUAAAGGGGUUGUUGAGUCGGAAGGUGAAGGUGAUAAUUACCAGAAAGAGAUGGAGAAGAAGAAGUUUGACAAAGAGGCUCAGAAACUGUGGCUGAGGAUGAGGAAUGAGGUUAUGACUGAGCUUCAGGAGAAAGGGUAUGAUCUUGAAUAAGGUACUACAGAAGAGUUGUGGUACAAUAAACUUGUGUAAUUUAAGCUGUGUGUAGGUUCAACCAUUGGUACAAGUAUCUCUACCAACAUCCUAUUAGAUUGUAGAGGAAGUACAAAACUUUAUAUGGCCACUUUGUGUGUUUAAGGGUGCCCAUUAAUGUUAUUGCUCUUGGGGAA